UGAAUACGUGCAGUUCGUGGUUGCGCGACCGUUGAAACGGACGGCCGAGGUUUCGUCGUUACUCAUUCUCGCAAACGGUUCAGUGUGUUUUGUGUUUUCGGACCGAGUGGUCGUAGGACAGCAGAUACAGAUAUCACAUCUAUAUUUGCUGGCUGAUCAUUCGAUCAUGUUCACUGGUUUAACUAAUCAGAUGUCCACAUGGAUAGGGAAAAAAGGAGAAGAUGCCGGUGCUGAAUUGCCGGCCGAAGAAAAGUUUGUUACAAGUGUUGAAGGAGAUGAUCUUAAUAGAAAAGACAGCCCCAGCCGAAGCAUGCUGGGUGGCGUGAAAUCACAGAUGACUGGCUGGUUCAGCAGUGUUCCCAGAUUGAGCCGCAACGCUAAUCAUGGAAAUGAUGCGGACUCGCAGCAGGCAGCAGGCAAAACAGUGAAUGGGGCUCAAGUGGCUCAAAAUACCGAGAACACUGCCGAACCGAUAAAGGACGAUGACGCCAGCAGUUGGGCAAACAUGACAGAAGCAGGUUCGACCGUGCCACGCGCAACUGGCGGUGCUGACAGCGGCCCAGCAAGUUUAGAAGGUUCCCCCUCCGAGGAUAAGGAAGGACAGCAGGCGUUCAGCGGUGUUUCCACGAAGGCUUUGGCAAGCGCCAAGACACUGGGCGGAUUCCUGUACAGCGCAGUGAACAAGGCUGGAAAGACCGUGGCCGAGGCCGGCGCAAAGAUCAAGAAGACCGUCGAGGAGAACAGAUUGGUUGCCGAGCUAAACAAAGAGCAGGAAGCUUUCAUCGCCAGCAAGAGCGCGGAGAAGGGUGAGGCAGUGGCACCGUGGGUCGGUGCCCCGAACGAGGACGUGCUGCGCGAAGAGUGCUUGUCUCUGUCAAUAGACCAGCGUAACUUCCUGAAAUCACCACCGAAGGAAGUCGACUUCCCAUGGAACUUUGAAGCCGUGCAGCCUAUGGCCCAAGCCACUCUUGCUCUCGAUCCGAACUUAGAGAAUAUGCGAUUUCAGCUUGUACCGAAAGUAAUAUCUGAAGAAAUCUUCUGGCGUAACUACUUCUACCGUGUCUCCGUUCUUCGUCAAAGUCACGAGCUGAACACCCUCGCCAACCAAGCUGAGAAUAACCAAUCGUCUGCUGGUUCCGUAGAACAGGCUGAAGUUCAAGUGACCACCGGCCAGGAAAGCAACGGAACCAUGACCGCCGAAAAUAGCAACACGUUCGCCGAUUCACCGGGCCACGAAUUCGUGUCCGAUAGCAUGAGGGUCACUGACACGGACCUCCAAGAGGUCCGCGAGGGCAUGAAAAAGCUGGGGAUGCAGCCACCGAAAGAAGAGGAUUGGGAACGCGAAUUGGAAGCGGAACUAAAGGAUUACGAGGUAGUGACAGGUAACGAGGAGAGGAACACCGUGGCGAUGCCGGUCAGAAGCGGCGACGUGUUGGACAAAGAUUGGGAGAGACAGAUCGACGAGCUGCUAGCGAACGACGACGAAGAAGAAGGGGACCUCAAGUAAACGGAAUUACAAUCAGACGUUGCGAUCUUGUCUGCGUUCUCAGAUCAUCCGCGAGGACGAUUAGGACGUCGUUAGAGUGAGUGAAUGAGCGAGUCUGCUGCGGUUGUCGCGUGUUUUCUCUCUCUCGUCGAUCCACCGCCAAUCGAACCCGAAGAGGCAAAGAGGGUGGCAAGGGUGACGAUUCUUUCUGCUUUUUCUCCUCUUUUAGCUCUCCCCUAACCGUUGUCACAAUUGUUUAGGGAGGAGGAACAACGUUUGGCAGAAGGAUCGACGAAGUGAGAACUGUUCGAGAUGUUGUCAAUGCUACGUGGAACGAUAACAAUGUUACGAGACUAGGAUGCCGAAGACUCUCGCGGCUCCCGCGGGCCACGGGCAGACAUUUCACCUUUUCUACUUUGCUGAGCGGCCCCCUCCAUAACUACUAGACUUUGAAAAAUCCUCCUCCUCUGCUUACCACAGAUUUACGCGUACUUGCAGGAAUUCCUGGCCAAAAAGUUGGCGACGUAUGAGUUUAAUUUAAUAAAAAAAAAAAACAAUUCGGACAAGCCUAGGAUAAAAAUAUGAAUUGGAAAUAUAGUAAAUAAAAUAAGAUGUAGGUGCGAGCAAAUACGUGGUAAUCAGAAAGGAAGGAAUCCGACAGUGUCUCUAAAGUCUUGUUGGCACGGUGUGGGCCGCCGGUAAGGCAGAAGGGGAGAAGUGUUUGUCCGUGGCCCGCGGGUUUAUUAUUAUCCUAGUUGUAAGGUCUGCGAAAAAAGCGAAACAGAGGCGAGAGGAAACGCGAGAGAGAGUCUGAUCAAGUCUGAUGUUUCUUUUGGUCUUUUGUUUUUUUGUUUUUUUUUAACUGAGAACAGAGGAAAGAGACAAAAGACGAGAGAAAAGAGAGGAAAGACGUAAGGAGAGAGAGAGAGUAAGGCCACGUUUGACUGCAUAUUUUUUUUUUUCCUGACCGGAAGCAGAGACAGUGAGAAGACAGAAAGAGAAAGAGAGUGAGGCCACAUUUGACUACAUCUUUCUUUCUUAUUUCUUUUCUAACCGGAAACAGAGACAGAGAGAAGGAAACGAGAAUGGGACCACGGUCUGACUACAUCCUUUUUUCAUUAUUUUUUUUUCUAACCAUAAACAGAAAUAGAGAGAAGGAAAACAGAGCGAGACCACGUCUGACUUUUUUUUAAUUUUUUUUUCUAACCAGAAACAGAGAUAGAGAGAAGGAAACGAGAAUGGGACCACGGUCUGGCUACAUCUUUUUUUUUAUUAUUUUUUUUUUUUUCUAACCAGAAACAGAAAUAGAGAGAAGGAAUAGAGAGUGAGAGCACGUCUGGCUACAUCUUUUUUUAUUAUUUUUUUUCUAACCAGAAACAGAGAUGGAGAGAAGGAAACGAGAAUGGGACCACGGUCUGGCUACAUCUUUUUUUUAUUAUUUUUUUUUUCUAACUACAAACAGAGACAGAGAGAAGGAAAACAGAGUGAGACCACGUCUGGCUACAUCUUUUUUUAUUAUUUUUUUUUUUUCUAGCCAGAAACAGAGAUAGAGAGAAGGAAAAGAAAAUGGGACCACGUCUGACUAUAUCUUUUUUUCUUAUUUUUUUUUUUCUAACCAGAAACAGAGUUACAGAGAGAAGGGAAUCAGAGUGAGACCACGUCUGGCCGCAUCUUUUUUUCUAAUUUUCUUUCUAACCGAGAACAGGGACAGAAAGGAAACAGAGGGGAAAUGAGAGUGAGACCACCUACAUCUUUUUUUUUUUAUUUCUUUUUCGGACCAAGAACAGAGACAAAGAGAAAACAGAAGGGAAAUGAGAGCGAGACCACGUCUGACUACAUCUUUUUUUUUCUUAUUUCUUUUUCUAACCGAAAACACAGAGAAAGAGAGAGAGAGAGAGAGAGAGAGAGAGAGAGAGAAACAAUGAAAAGGAAAAGCUUAAAAAGAAAGAAGGAAUCUGUUCUGCGUUUUUCUUUCGAUAGGGUGCUUUCUUCGACAGCACGUACGUUUGUUGUUCCUCGAGUACGAUGAAGAUGAAAAAAAAAAAAGUAAAGAGAAAGAAAGAGAGGAAGGGAAAUGGUAAUCGAUAGAUCGUAAAAAAAAAAAAAAAAUUGUCGUUUCGAUUGAUGUUGCUUCUCGAACCUCCGUCGAUAAUUCCAUCCAUCGAUGAUCCGUGAAUCGUUCAAACGGUAAACGGAUGAGCACGUGAGAAGCAUACAUAUAUCUUUAACGUUACACUUACAUAUGUCAAUUGCUAGAUGAAGCGCCCUCUAUUAGACCAGAGCGAAUAUAUAUAAGACUUAAAAAAGUUAAAAAAAAAAAAAAAAAAAAUCCCAACAUUCCAAACUUUCUCCUUAUAUUAAUUAUUAUUUAUGUUCAAUUUUAUUUGAGCAACGAAAACAAUUAAAAGAAUAAGCAUUCUUGAAUCUCUCAUAUAUGUGUUAAAAUCAUGUACGUGUCAAAAUACGUGUUAUGUGUACAAGAUACGUGUUAUAUGUUCAAAAUACGUGUUAUAUGUGCAAAAUACGUGUUAUAUGUGCAAAAUACGUGUUAUAUGUGCAAAAUACAUGUUAGUAGAGAAUAUAGACAAAUAUAUAUACAUAUAUAUACACAUACACAAAAAAAUUUCAAAAAAUUCAAAAAAAAAUUCAAAAAAAAAAAUUCAAAACUUUCUGCUUGUACUUGGAAAAAAAAAAAAUUAACUGUAUGUUACUUUCGUGUGUAUUAUGCAAACAUUACUGUAUUAACAGAGUAGUAUAUAAAUAGAAAUAUAAACAUAUAUAUAUAUAUGUGUGAACAUAUAAAAAUGAAAAAAAAAAAUAUAAAAAAAAUUGGAAAGAAGAACUGUCGAAAAACGUCUUCAUCAAGCUCGAGGAAUAUCCGAAGUGACAUAUUUACACUGCCGUGUGGUCAAAAGAGACUGUUCGAGUGUGUCGAAUAUCGUCGGCUUUAUUUUUUCCCCGAAAAAGAAAAAAAAAAAGAAGAAAAAGAGAAAAUUAAGGAACAAUUAAGAAGCGAUGGUUACGUUUUCUACGCGACGAUCCCCUUGCAUUUGUUAUUCGUUGACGUUACACGCCAAAGAUGAAUUUAAUUUGACGAGAAAUCAAGAGCGGAGGGAAGAAAUUAAAUUGGCAAAGAUCCAUGCGUAUUAACGUUUUUAAUAUUAUAUCAUUAUUAUUAUUAUUAUACAAGUGUAAUUAUUAUCAUCAUCGGGCGCGUUUGUUGAUGUUGCGUCGCGAGAGACACGUUGUUUUUUUGCGUUGAGAGUUGCCCAAAUAUUUAUUAUAUUAAGUGUUUGUAAUAACCGCGCCGCGAUGUGUUGAACGUGUUUUAGUAUGCGGCCGAGUGUCCACGUGACGUUGAGAGGGAGUUCAAAUUGUCAAUAGAACCAAUUAAGAAAAAUGAGUUGAUCAAUAACAAACGGAAAACGAACACUCUCUUGAUAUGAUUUCCUCUCAAUGCUUUCACCUUCUGGCAAACAAGUUCUCUUUGGUGUAAUCAAAUGAAAAAAAAAAAAAAAGAAAAGAAAAGAAUUAAAGAAAAAAGAAAAAAAAAAAAAGAGUCGCUAUGGAUCAAAUUUAGCAUUGUUUGACGACACGAAAUCUUUUGUCUUCAUUAAAGCGUGCCUUCGCGCGUCACGUGUGCAUUCUACGAUCGAUGAGAGGAUAUUAGAAUGAUACGAUUGUUGUGCAAGAGAAGAAGAGGGGUGUGUGCUGUCUUGCUAUCGAUGGAAACGAAAGUCUAAGGAGAUUGACCCGGAAUCGAAAAAGAGAGACCACGAUGCGUAUUGUAUUUGAGAUAUGGAAUAUUGCACGAGAUAUUUGAGAGAGAGAUGGUUAACGUGCCAGAAGAAGCGAAGCACUUUCGGUUUAUGACGAUCGUUUUGCGUACACCAUGUUGAGUCCAGAUUUUUUCGUCAAUUCUUCUCGGAGAUUUUGUAUGUUAUCCUUUUAAUCCGUGCAUCGACCGACUCGACGCUCGCGAGAGUUAAA